UACACGCAUCUUGAAUCUUCUUUAUUUAUAUCUUUUUUUGCUUAUCUCUGUUCCAUGAUGAUGAUACAGGCACACAGCGAAAGAUAAAGAAUGGAUCAAUGAACAUAUUUGCUCUUCCGGUUUAUAUCUCAGAUCUUCAGCUUUUUAUAUUCACAGGUGUGAACUUGUGAGGAGCAAUACUGGUUGGUAAGAAUGGCGUUAGGAAAGUAUUCUAGGGUUGAUGGAAGAAAAUCAUCCUCGGGUUACUGUUCUACUGUGUCGAUAGUUGCAUUUGUUGCUCUUUUUUUAGUUGGAGUGUGGUUGAUGACAUCGUCAUCAUCUGUAGUUCCUGUCCAAAACGAUGAGGUGUCGUCUCAAGAGAAGAGAAUUGAUUCGAAGGACCAAGAAAGCGAGGUUAAGGAGAUUGCUGGUGGGAACGAGAAUAAUGAUAAACAAUUUGAGGACAACCGUGGUGAUUUGCCUGAUGAUGUAACGAAAAAUGACAAUCAAGAAGAGAAGUCUGUAAAUGAGGGCGCAGAGGAUGAGUCUAAGACGGAUGACACUUCCAAGACAGAGAUAGAAAAGAAGGAUGACUUUGAUGUUGCAACAAACAAGGAUAGUGAUGGAAGUAACACGCAGGCAUCCGAAGGUGGUAAUGAAAACAAACCAAAUCCAAAUGAGACUGAGAAUAAAUCAGACAAUUCUGAUGAGAAUACAGAAGAGAAGGUGAAGCAAGACAAAGAGGAGUCUUCUGCUGAACUAUUUCCUUCAGGCCCACAAUCAGAGCUUUUAAAUGAAACCAGCACCCAAAAUGGGGCAUUUACAACUCAGGAUACAGAGUCUAAAAAUGAAAAAGAAUCACAGGAAUCUGAUGGACAAAGUGGAUAUAAAUGGAGAUUGUGCAAUGUCACCGCUGGCCCAGAUUACAUUCCUUGUCUUGAUAACCUGCAAGCUAUAAAGAGCCUAAGAUCAACAAAGCAUUAUGAGCACAGGGAGAGGCAUUGCCCAGAGGAUCCUCCCACCUGUCUUGUUCCUCUUCCAGAAGGAUACCAAAAAUCUGUUGAUUGGCCUACUAGCAGGGAAAAGAUAUGGUAUCAUAAUGUUCCACAUACGAAACUUGCUGAGAUUAAGGGACACCAGAACUGGGUGAAAGUUAGUGGUGAUUAUCUUACGUUUCCUGGUGGUGGAACCCAGUUUAAACAUGGAGCACUUCAUUAUAUUGAUUUCAUACAACAGUCUGUACCUGAUAUUGGUUGGGGAAAGCGAUCUCGGGUGGUAUUAGAUGUUGGGUGUGGGGUUGCUAGCUUUGGAGGCUAUCUCUUUGAUAAAGAUGUGCUCACCAUGUCUGUGGCCCCGAAAGAUGAACAUGAAGCACAAGUUCAAUUUGCACUUGAAAGAGGCAUCCCUGCUAUAUCUGCAGUAAUGGGCACCAAGAGACUUCCAUACCCUGCAAGAGUAUUUGAUGUUGUCCAUUGUGCUCGUUGUAGGGUCCCCUGGCACAUUGAAGGCGGUAAACUACUGUUGGAGCUGAACCGAUUACUUCGGCCUGGAGGCUACUUUGUGUGGUCUGCUACACCUGUUUACCAAAAACUUACAGAAGAUGUUGAGAUCUGGGAAGCCAUGAAACAGCUAACAAAGGGAAUGUGUUGGGAAGUGGUUUCAAUAACGAAAGACAGAGUAAAUGGAGUUGGUAUAGCAAUAUAUCAGAAGCCUAUGACAAACGAAUGCUAUGGACAAAGAUCAGAAGAUAAACCUCCACUCUGCCAUGAAUCUGAUGAUCCAAAUGCAGCCUGGAGUGUACCAUUGCAAGCGUGUAUGCACAAAUUACCAACUGAUGCGACAGAACGAGGAUCUCAGUGGCCAGAGCAAUGGUCAGAGAGGUUAACGAAGACACCUUAUUGGUUAUUGGGUUCUCAAAUUGGAGUGUAUGGCAAACCAGCACCGGAGGAUUUCACAGCAGAUCAUGAACAUUGGAAGCGAGUGGUGAACAAGUCAUAUCUUGGAGGAUUGGGAAUUAAUUGGUCCACUGUGAGGAAUGUGAUGGACAUGAAAGCUAUUUAUGGAGGGUUUGCUGCUGCUCUAAAGGAGUUGAACGUAUGGGUGAUGAAUGUUGUCCCAAUAGACUCCCCAGAUACACUUCCAAUUAUCUUCGAGCGAGGUUUAUUCGGAACGUAUCAUGAUUGGUGCGAGUCUUUCAGUACUUAUCCUAGAUCAUACGAUCUUCUUCACGCCGAUCAUCUAUUCUCAAAGAUCAAGAGAAAAUGCAACUUCAUGGCUUUGGUAGCUGAAACAGACCGUAUACUUAGACCGGAAGGAAAGCUGAUAGUGCGGGACCAUGUAGAUAUAAUAAGCGAACUGGAGAGUUUGUUUAGAGCAAUGCAAUGGGAGAUAAGAUUGACGUACUCUAACGACAAUGAAGGUCUGCUUUGCGUUCAGAAGACAAUGUGGCGCCCGAAUGAGAUGGAGACAAUCACUUAUGCCAUUGCUGCUUGAAAGAUAAAACAAACAAUUGUGUUCCUAAUUGUAUUGUAUUCAUUCCUUAGAGAAAUCCCUACAAGAUCAGACCAAUCUUCUUAUUGGCUAUAGCUAGAUUAAUUAGCUGUGUUAUCCCUUUUUUGAUAUUGAAAGUAGUUGCAAAUGGGGAAGAUAAAUAUAUCAUAUAAAUGGGUGAAGAAAUUGUGAAGAGUAGAACAAUCAGCUCUGUAAUGAUUCUGGGUAAAAACGAACAAAUCGGACCAUGUGAAAUAUGGGUAUUUCUUCCUACUA